UGAAGCCCUCUGUCCUGGCAUCCUGCACCCCUCCACUCUCUUUUACCUCUUUUUUUCUCCUCCUUCCACUCACGCUCCCUCCAGAGAGGGACUCUUCCUCGACCGACUCCAGUCGGGUCUGCAGCAUCAGUCUUUUGGGAGCUCCGUAGAAGCCAGAGACCAUGCUGACAUUUUUGGCGCUGACGUCGGUUGCCCUCCUGGGAAUAGUGCCUGAGCAGUCCCAGGCCAUAACGAUUUACACUGGCUGGGAGCGGCACGCCUUGGUGGGCUCUGACAUCCGACUCUCCUGUUCUUUCUUCUCCUGGCGCUGGACCUCGGAGGACGUCACCUUCUCCUGGACAUACAGGCCCGAUGGCUCACGGGACUCCAUCUCUAUCUUCCACUACACUGGUGGUGCUGCCUACGUUGACAACAAGGGUCCCUUUAGAGACAGACUGGAGUUUGUGGGAAACCCAGGUCGCCGUGAUGGAUCCAUCCUGCUCAAAAACCUGGAGCUCAGCGACAACGGCACCUUCACCUGUGACGCCAAGAACCCCCCUGACAUAGUGGGCCGGCCUUCCAGUGUCCGACUGCUGGUGUUUGAGAAAGUGCCCAUCCAGGCUGGCGUGAUCACAGGAGCCAUCAUCGGGGUGGUCCUGGGCCUGCUGGUGCUCAUCGUGGUCAUCUACUACCUGAUGAGGUUCCUGGUGGCACGCCGAGUCUUCAGCCUCAGUGUCAGCAAACAUGGCAAGAAAAAGAAAGAGGGUUCACAGCAGAGACAGGGCCCUGUGCCUCCCGCCGACCCCUCCAAGAUAAAGGUCUGACUUCUCCAUGACUGCCUCCACUCCUCUAGUCUGCUCCCUCCUUUUCCGCCCAGCCUGAUGCAACCCCCAUUAUUUUCCAUUAUCUCUACUCUUUCAAGACAGCACUGGCUGUAAGAAUAGUCCUACUAUAUCAGCGGCAAUGGUGUCAAAUAAUUUUCACAAUGCCUUGCCGGAGAUCCUGUAUGCGCUCAUUGGGCAAACUGUAAAACUGUUUAGGGCCUAACUAUGUACAUAACUUCCUUAAGAGGAACCUGAAAGAUAUCCCCUCGUGUUAAGAGUCCCCUGAAUCUCCCCGCUUAAUGUUUACAACUCAAUCACACGCGCACUCACACACACAGACACACACACACACACUAAGCAGAGCUGCGAGUGCACUCUGGACUUUAGACAGAGAAAAAGCGAGACAGAGAGGGACAGGAGAGUGAUAGUGGGAGCGAAAUAUGAUUCCUGCUCUCAGCCGGCGCAGAUAGAGGUUCAAGCCCUCGAGCUCGGGGUGAUUCAAUCCUCUCACAUUUGAGCUAAUGGAGGUUGUCGCUGUGUCCCUGCCCUGGCUAAAGGGGGCUAUUUCUGGUCCUAUAUGAGCGUACGGGCUUACUGUAACAGCUGCACAUUUUUCAGACGACAGGAGAUUGGGGGAAGGGGGUGGAAGAGAGAGGCGAGCAGAGCAGGUGGUGGUGGUGGGGGCCCUGCUGUGCUGUUUGCGCUAAGUGCAUGAGGCGGUUUGCUGUUGACUCGACGGCCAGGGACUGACAACCUGGAAUGACGUCACGGCCCCCGAGGCUGGCGAACGCUCUCACGAGUCUGACAAAAGAGCUUACCAGGAAGAGGUGCAGCUUCAGAGUUAUUUUAGGUCCAGUUAAUCCGCUUGCACGUUUCUCCUCGCCAACCCAGGGCUAAUUAUUUUAGCGUGUGCUGGUAACAAGAUAUCUCUCUCUACAUCUCCCUCCCUGCCUCCUCUGCGGUCUCCUCUCCUCUGUUAUUCGCUCUUCAUCUCAGCCCCCAUCUUGAGAAUCAUCUCCUUUCUCUAAACUCCCUGUUUCGUUCUUGCCGUCCUUAACGUCUUUGACUUCCUUUAUCUCUUCCUCUUCCUGCCGGUUAGUGAGUCUGCACUGCAUUAUUCCCCCACAGAAAAGGCCUAUACACAAUCCACUCCACUCUUUAAGCCUCUCCUUAUCUGACUGCCAGGCCUACAGCUCAAUGCUCUGCUCCUCUCUCUUCUGUCCUUCCUCCUCUUCCUUCUUCUCUUUUCUCAACUCGGUGAUGGACAUCUCUCUCUCUCUCCCCUCUCUUCGUGUUCACCAGUGAUCGACCAACGCCCUCUCGUUUGCCCUUCAAGCGCCACCUCCCCAAGGGGCACGUCCCUUUGCCAGCCCUUCUUCUGUGGCCCUUAAUGUCUUUUUUUUCUGCUGGUUCGAAAGCCAAAAGGUUCUCCUCUGCCCACUACUUCCAGAGGAAGGAAACGGAUGGGCACAAAUCCGCCUUUAGUCCUCACUGAAGACGCCAAACAAAAACUUAUAAUCUAGCUAGCUCUCUUCCGGUCGCCAUUGCGUGUUUUAUGUAUAUGUGUGUCUUGUUAAAAGUGUUAAAAAUGAGAUUACAUGUGAAGUUUAAAAAACAAAACAAAAGCAGUAUGUCACCCCAAGUAAAGCAAAUGUUUCUGAGGCAUUUUUACAUGUGUGCAAGAAAACACAUGGAGAACAUGUUUAUGGAGGCAGGGAAGAAAUGUAAUGUAACUCUUUGGAAUAUGUCAUAUUUCUGACCUUGUGUGUUAUGGAAGGUACUGUGUGGCUGUCUCUAUGGUAUGUUUUAUUCAAAGGUGAAGGGAAAUCAAGGUUGUUGUGCGGAGUCAGAGAGAAGAUGAAGGGUGGAUAAGGGUUUGGUUAGCCUUAGAUGCAGCGCGAUGUGGCUGGGAAGGAAAAAAAAAGAUGGGGGGAGAAGGUGCUUGCUGUGGGAGAAAUCUUUAGAGGAAGAGACUUAUCUGGUGUGUUAAGCCCAGCCAAAAAUCCAUAUGUAUCACUACAGAUAGAGCCUCCUCUUCCCCCAGAGCUUUCUUUUAAAGG